GCAACUUCAUUUAUAAAUAAAAUAAUAUAAAAUAAAAUUAUUUCGCAAUGACAUAACAAAGACGUAGCUUAACAUAGUAGACGGCGUUCAGAUUGUGUUUGCGUUGUUCCAUCGCCGUCAACACUAUUUGAUUUCGUCAAAUGGAUAUUAAACUUUUGCUCAUAAUUUAAAUUACAGUUAAAAAUUAAUAAUAAUCAAUCAAUAACUACAAAAGUAAUGGAAUAAGCACUAUUUAAAUCGAGUUUAGUUCAACAAUAACCUGCAUAGUCAUAACGUCUUUUGAAACAUUACCGUUGCGGCUCGCUGCCUUCAUUAGUUUGGCUGACUUUGAACUGUGGCCGUGUAUUCUAUUCUUUUUUUGCAAACGAAAUAAUAAUUCUUUGUGUGUGUGCGAAUUAGUAUUUUUCUCAUAAGGAACAUCACGUCUCAGCUGGAAAAAAUCCUUGUCUGUAAUGAAACAGACAUUCCAAAUUACUGUUUGAUUCUACGUUGAAUGGAAAUUGUGUCGAGUGAAUAGCAAGAAUUGAAAUAUUAUUACUUUUAUCAUCUGUGGAGCUGAGUGAUUGGGAAGUCAUUGACGAAAGACUUCCAUUCCAAUAGAAAAUAAAAAAGAAAAACAAUAAAAAGCACCAAGUGGAAGAGGACUGUUUUUAGGGGGCUAUCGUUUACAAGUGGAAAUUUUUAAUGAGAAUUCCCUUUUCGGGCCCUCGCAACAAAGACGAUUUUUAUUCUAAAGAAGACAAAACCAGACACACACACUCAUCCAUCAACCAACCAUCCAUCCAUCCAAUUGUCUGAAUUAGCGUAACAUCAUAACAAUGUCCGAAAACAAAGAAGAAAUAUUAGCCAAUUUUCAGAGCAUAACGGGCAUAGAUGAUGUUGGGGAAGCGUUUUCCCAUUUAGAGGAAUGUAGCUGGGAUUUGAUGGCUGCCAUUCAACGUGUUAUACCUCAAGAGGAUCCAGUACCACAGGCUGCAGCUGCUUCGGCCACACCACCGUUAAGACCGGAAAAUAAUUUAUCCUCUUCAAUACGCAAUGCCACAAGUAGUUCAACAUCAGCAUUAAAUGACUUCAGUUUGGCUCCGGGUCCAUCAAAAAAUUGCCCGCGUUGGCUUAAGAAUGCCUCAGCCAAUAACUUGGGUAGCUCAGCUGCAGAAAGUGCAUUUGUGCCAGUGGCAUCAACAUCCGCUGAUCCCGACAUAAUCGAUCUCACAUCAGAUAUGGAUUUGGCUGAAAAUCGGGCAUCCACAGCAUUUUCACCAUCAUCGUCUUCGGCAAAGCAAAUUUUAUUUAAUAUUCAUUUUGAUCAACAAGUAUAUGGUAUACUACUGCCCUCUAGUGCCACCAUACAACAAUUGAAAAACAAGGUUCAUGAUGCCACCGGAGUACCAAUAUGUCGUCAAGCACUACGCGGCUGGCCGCCUGCUAAAUUACAUGAUGCUCAAAUACCAACAACAAAACUAUCCACAUUAGGUUUAUCGGCAGAAAACGAUUUAAUAUUAAUUGAUUUCACCGAAGAAGGAUAUAUGGAUUUUGAAAACGAUGAGGUCUCCAGUCGUUUGGAGAAAAAAUUUGUACUUACAAUUGUUCAACAACCAAGUGGCGUGAGACAUGAAUUGAGUUUUUCGGGACGGACCACGGUGCAAGAAGUUAAAACGAAUGUUUAUUAUGUUACCGAUAUACCGGUGAGACAUCAGGAAUGGACUGGUUGGCCACAUGGUUGUGACAAUGACACAACACUGGCGCAAUCUGGCAUACAAUUGUCUCAUAAUUUCAUUCUACACAAUGCUGCUGAUAAAUUACGUAAUAAUGCGAAUAAUUCAUCUUCCACAACAAGAAGUUCGAAUCUUUUUAGUGCUGUUGGACUUGACACGGAUAGUUCAGCUGAUGAAUUUGAGGAUGCUUCAGAUUUCAAUGCCAGUGAAGAGUUCUUCACCGAUCCAUUGCCACUACAACCCACAACAAGACAUUUAAUUCCCAAUAAUACAGAUAGUGAAAUAACCGGAUCUCUCAAGUUCAUUGAAAAUUAUAAGCAACGUUUUGGUGAGCCGUGUCCCAUGUUCUUUCCAGGCAGUCUGGAAGAUGCUCUGAAAGAGGCCUGUCACAAACCAGCCAGAGAACGCAAAUUAUUGGCAAUUUACUUGCAUCAUGGUGAAAGUAUUCUAACAAAUGUUUUUUGUGAUCGUCUUAUGAAACAUGAAAAUAUUUUACAACAAUUUGCCGAACAUUUUAUACUUUACGGCUGGGAUUUAACACAUGAAAGUAAUAAACAUUUAUUCUUAUCAUCGGUUACGGCAUGCAUAAGCAAUACAGCCUCAAUUACGGUACGUAAUAUAUCCGUAGAUAAAUUGCCUUCAAUAUUGGUAAUUGGUAAAAGUCGUUUAUCCGGUCGAUCCUCUUGUGAAGUUUUAUCUGUGAUUCAUGGCAAUGUCGAUUUAGACGAUCUUUUAUCUCGCCUCUGGGAAGCUGUUGACAUGUACAAUGAUCAUUUAAAAGUUGAAAUUGCCGAAGAAGAUGCUCGUGCUGCUCGCGAUCAAGUUAAAGCCGAACAAGAUAUGGCCUACGAACAGACUCUACAAGCCGAUAUUGCCAAAGAAGCUGCUAGACGGCAAAAAGAGGCAGCCAUUGCUGCAGAACGUCAACGUUUGGAAUCGGAAAAAGCCGAAGAAGAGGCCAGACGGGAAUCGAUUAGAAUGGUGGCUGAACAAUCAUUACCCAAAGAACCAAACGAAACAGAGACCAAUAUUUCCAAAAUUCGUGUACGCAAACCUACCGGAGACUUUUUGGAACGUCGUUUCUACACUGAAAAUACACUACAGGAUCUGUUGAAUUUCGUUGCCUCAAAAGGUUUUCUCAUCGAUGCAUACAAAGUUAUUUCCAGCUGGCCAAGACGUGACCUGACGGCCAUCGAUAGCAAUCAGACAUUGCAGUCGUUAAAAUUGUAUCCUCAAGAGACAGUGAUCCUGGAAGAACGAUGAUUUUAAACUCAUACAUAUACAUAACAAAAAAAAAAUGCAACAUACACCUAUAAGAUAACAUACAAAUAAAUUAUUAAGCCUCCUAUAAAAUACAAAAGAAAAGAAUCAAAUAGAA